AUCACGGUGCCGAUGGGUUUUUUUCAGCGCUGGAGCCCAGAGCUGGUUGGAGCAGCCUCCGAGAGAUGCCUGUGAGCUGGGAAGCAGGAUCAGCCCUCUCCUGUCUCUCAUCAGAUGCUGCUACUGCUGCUGCUGUUUGUCUUGGACACUGACUCCCCCCUCACCAAUGCGGCACAGCCGGGCUGGCAUCUACCUCCAUCAUACACUGCCUGCGCAGAAAGGGGUGACCCCUCCAGCACUCAGUCACCCCAAAUCCUGCAAGGACUGAAGCACCCACUAUCCAUCCAUCACUAGCACCCCUAAUCCUGCAGGAACCGCGCCGCCUCCAGCCUUGUGUCACUGACACCCCAAAUACAAAAGGGGCUACAGCACCCCCUAUCCAUCAAUCACCGGUGCCCCAAAUUCUGCAAAAACUGCACCCCCGCGACUUCAAUUCCUGACACCCCAAAUCCCGCAGAGGCUGCACCCAGGAACAUCUGCAUUGAGAGGUGGCACAGCUGGUGGCAUCAGCCCUUUCAUGGACCUUUCGUGGCACAAAUAUUGGGGGUUUGACAUGAGAUGAGCCACCCUUGUCACUAGAGCGGAGGGACAUCUUUAUGGCUGCACCUCGGGGGUAGGUGGAUUUCUAUUUCCCAUCCUUUUAUUUGAAGCUCGUUUCCCAUCUUGCCCCUGGAUUAUUCCCAGGCUGCCCACCAUCACGGCUGGUUCCCACUCACGACACUUUGUAUGGAGAAACAAGGGAAGAUCCACCCAGUGCAAUUGCUGUAAGGCUCUCCAUUGCCUCCUGCACCCUCACCCAGCUCUGACUGCACCCCAGAUAUUUACAUUGGGUGCUGCUAAAAGCCUGACUCCAGCUACAUAAAGACACCCUUGAUCUGCCAUUCCGCUGCACAUCUCCCAGUUGCAUCUGGCUGUCUCUUCAUUGAUAGAGAGGAACGUCCAUUGGGAAAGCCCCAUCUGCCCGAUUCCAUCAGUGGUGCCUCCCUGUGCCUCGGCCAGUCCCCUGAACACUAACAAGGCUGGAAGCCAGACAUCUGGGGAGGGCAGCGAGUCCUGCAAUGCAGGGAACAAAGAGCCGCCAGUCUCAUUCCUCAGCUUGCAAUUAAUUAGCUGCCAGCAGAUUGACUACCUAUCUGUUAUUGUGAUUGCCCUCCCGCUCUGUGUGGCUUGUGAGUGUCUGUGCUGGGCAACAUGGGGACCGUGCUCUCCCUAUCACCAGGCUCCAGGAAAGCCAGCUUGUACGACGAUGGCUCGGGCUCCCUUGCCCAUUACACCAGUGUGAGCAAGGGCAGCGGGCAGAAGCCGGAUAAGACCCUAAAGAGACACUCAAUGUUCAUCCCUGCCCUUACGUGGAAACGGCUGGUGGCUUCCACCAAAAAGAAGACCUCUCGAAAGAGCACGGCCAAUAACAACUACCAGAAGGACGUUGCCCACUUGAACCACGAGAAUGUCAAGAAGUCUUUGUCCUGUGCCAACCUCUCCAGCUAUGACAGCCAGCCUUUGGCACCGCUCAGCUCCAAGCAGAUAUCCUCCAUCAAGAAGGUCUCCAACACCAGCGGUGGUGGCUCUCCAAAACGGGUCAUUGUUCAAGCCUCCACCAGCGAAUUGCUGAAAUGCCUUGGGGAGUUCCUAUGCAGGAGAUGCUACCGGCUGAAACAUUUGUCCCCCACCGACCCAAUUCUGUGGCUGCGUAGCGUCGACCGUUCCUUGCUCCUCCAGGGGUGGCAAGACCAGGCCUUUGUCACGCCAGCCAACGUGGUCUUUGUCUAUCUACUCUGCAGGGAUGUCAUCGACGGGGACUCUGUGGCCACCGAACAUGACUUGCAAGCCACCCUCUUGACCUGCCUCUAUUUGUCCUACUCCUACAUGGGCAACGAGAUAUCCUACCCCCUCAAGCCCUUCCUGGUGGAAGCGGGCAAAGAUGCCUUCUGGGACAGAUGUCUUUGCAUCAUUGACGCCAUGAGUUCCAAGAUGCUCAGAAUCAACGCCGACCCACACUACUUCACGCAGGUCUUCGCCGACCUCAAGAACGAAGGCAAUCGAGACGAGUUCUCCAGAGUCCUUGACCGGUGACUGUCCCCAGAGCAAGGAGGUUCAUAUCGAUGACAGCACUUGAAGGCCGCCUCGGCUACCCACUGGCCAACUUUGAUCCAGUAGCCAAAACAAAAAGGUAUAUUAAAAAAAAAAAAGGGACCACGUUUCAACCUUGAUGUGCAUUGUGUUCAUUGGGACGUGUUUGGCUCCUUGGCCACCAUUUUGGGUCGAUUUAGGCCAACAAGUGCCUGACGCCUUUCCCAUAAGCCCUUCCACUAGAACCUUUGUCGCUUUUUUGGUUCUGUUUUCCCUUCACCGUACGGUUGUGGCUGCUGAGACGCAUUCCAAAGCAAUCCUACAAAGCGGGCCCCAGGACUUUGGUCGACGUGUAUAUUCUGCAAUAAGCAACGACUAAGGGGGUCUCUUGUUUCUUUCUGGAUAACUUGAGUUGUACAGACAAAGAGCCCCCCUGGGAAAAGCAGGGAAUAUGGGGGGGCUCAUGUUGUUGGCGACUGGAGGGUUCGGUCACAUGUUCGGCCCCCCUGCAGCAUUUAAGGGGCCAAUGGAUUCUAGGGCUGAACGAGGCAUUGGACACAUUGGAGGCGCAUUUGGAAUGGUGUCAGUUAACGGGUCCAAUCACGUGACUGGAUUCUAUUACCUCUUUUCUAUUGAUAACCGGCUUUGGGGGUUUCUAGCGCUCACGUUCCCGGUGUGGUUCCGUAGGGAUGUCUCUAGGGCUUCUGCAUGCAUCGCUCUCACUAAUAUUUAGCUCUAGUCGCUGGCAGCCAUUGCUGGGGGGGGGGGGGAUGAUGGGAAUUCUCCUGCCCUCACCUGUUUGGUUUCUGCUUCUGUCGUGGUAGUUUAACUGCACCUCCCACUACCUGUGCCCACACUACCAGUGCUGGGAGUUGGAGUUCUAUACCAUUUCAUUAUAGGACUACAACUCCCAGAAUCCCAUUGGCUAAAUGGAAACUGGGCACGGUAGUUCUGCAAUAUCCACAGGCUGCUUAUUCCCUUUAAAUAUUAAUGUUGCACCUCACCCCUAUAAAACCAGACACAUAAGAAACUCAUAGCAGUUAUAUGCCUGCUGCAGCCUGCUGUGCUUUCUGUGCAGCCAUGCAGAAUGCAUUCAAACUGCUAAGCUGGAUCUGGUUUAUAACAGGUGAGGUGAUACCUUACUGCUAGCUGGGGAUGAUGGGAAAUGGUGUCAAACAAUGGGUUUAUCCCAUGUUUUUCAAUGUGCUCUUUACUUGAAUGCUGGGUGAUUAUUUGCAUUUCAAUGGAGGUUCCUACAAAGCACUGGGAAUCAAAGGUUCUAAAACAAAACUGUAACCCCCCCCCCCUCCCCGUAAGGCAGGCAGGGGGGCUGAGAAGGGGAUUUAUUCAGGGCUGUUACUGGUCGUAGAUCUUGUAUUGCACAGGGCUGUGCCGGAAUCCAAGCAGCCAUGCACUUGUCAUAGCUAUGUAUUGUGCAAGGCAAUAGGUCAAGGUAAGCCAAUCACUGCCCUUGUCUUAGCCGUGUCAGUACAGUCCAAAGCUGGGGGGUUUACUGGUAACUGAGAACUCCUUAAACUCCCAGCAGCCUCAGCUAGAGACGACACUGAGCCCUUUAGUAGAUAGCGCUAUUCCCAAACACAUUGCAAUUGGUCUUUGUUAUUUAUCUGAUUGCUAGGAACCCGCUUCCCUAGCAGCCAUGUAACGUCUCCUUUGGUUGUGUGGGAUUCUCUAGGUUGGUGUCAGUAUCUCCCCCUACAGGUGGCACGAUGGUAGUGGCCGGGGCCCGUGGCUGUUUAGUAGUCCCCGGAUUAGCUGACCUACAUCAGUGCACGUGGCCCUCACCCCCACCCCCCCAGGCGACAUGUUGUACAGAGAAGCCACAUCCCAGCGAGUCCCUGCAGGGGCCACACACACACUAGGGCUCAUACAGGCUCAUUUACUAACACCGGGCAAAUUUGCCCCCACAAAGCCAAUCAGACAUUUGCUCAUUAUUCUACCUGCAUCAGAGCUAAUUGCUGAUUGGUUGCUAUGGGUUACUGCCCUUGGCCUAAUAUUAGCAACUUAAACUUGGGAAGGGGGUGGGAAUGCAGAGGCUGCUGGGAGUUUUAGUUCUGACACCAAGGCAAGAUGGCCGUGGCCCUGCACUGACGCGCAACUGCCAGCUGCUCUGCAGGGGGCCCCGCUGUGUGCCAAGCUGAGGGGCCAAUGGACUGGACUGUCCCACUUUAUAUAACAGAGGGGACUGCGGUGUGUUCUGCCUGCUCAGCUAAAGAUGGCUGUGGUUGGUGGGGAGCCAGAGAGGAUGCUGGGAGAUGUAGUUACAAGAGCUGCAAGGCUUCACAUCCCCCCCAUUUAUUUGUGUCUCUCUGCACCCCCAGUGCAUCUCUGCCUACAUUGCUGCUAGAUUCACUGAAUGGGCCCAGAAUAACAGCCCUUUAAUGGUGGGGUACAGUGGGGGGCUUCAGAUAGGCUAAUGCUGCUCCCCCUCGGCAUGGCUGCAGUAUGUAUGGGGUGAUGUUUAACCCCCUGUGUGCCAUUCCCAGAUCAUUGGCACUGGUAACUCCUGCACCCUGUACUGCCUACUGUGCUUGGACUACAUUUCCCAGCAUCCUCUGACAGGACUGAAAAGUGAUAUCCAAGCUAUAGCUCUGUGCCUGUUACUGCAUACAGCUCCUCUCAUGGCAUGCUGGGAGUUUUUUCUGGUAUGGCCCCCUCUGUAUAGGCGUAGGCGUUCCCAUUUGUACAGUAUGGGGGUACAGCUUGUGUACCCAGGAUAUUUUCUAUGGGUGGGAGCCUUAUAGAUGAACAUUAUAUGGUCUAUUCCCGACGGCUGCCAUAUCAGUUGCUUUGGCCGAGCUACGAUUGGAAACGCCCACCUGUGACAGCAGCAACCCUAGUGGUAAUAUGGGGCAGGUACAUUGGCUUUGGAUCAAUAUGGCAAUCAAUAUGGCAGCUUCAUGUAUAAAUAUUUUCAUUUUCUACCUUCUGGGUCUCUGUAUUUUUCACAGCCAGAGUCCAAUACCAUUAAUAGAUUUUCUCGACUCUACUGCCUAAUACCAAGCCCCAAUUAGCCAAUCAUUUAACUUUCAUAAUCAUCUUAUUAGCAGGCCCGACAAUGAUUGGCUGUUGAUCCCAGAGCCACGUCGUAGCUCCCCGGUACUGUUUGCUGCAUUCCCAUUGGCUGUUUUUAGGGACAUGUUGCUUUACCUUGUUGCUGCUAAACUGAGUGCUUUGGAGCCCCCCCCCACUAUUAUUAAAUCACAACAUAGGGUUCCUGCCAAUUGAAUGGCUCUCUGCUAAUGCAUUGGGGCUUUUCAGCAGGGGGGGGUUAAGAUGCACUUUGUUUCCACCACUAAUAUCCUCAGAUUGUGGCGCUGUUCUGUGGCAGCCCCGUAGGGGCAAAUGGCUAGUGGUGGGAAGUGGUACUGCAGGGAAUCACCUUUUUAUAAGCCUCCUAUCUGCUUCUGAACUACAAGUACCAGCAUCCCCUGCAGCCAAGAGUGGCAGUUUAGCGGCCGAGGCAUAAAGGCUGAGAUUUUCCUUUUAAAUAUUAUUUUCUUGUAGCAAGUUGGGAAGGGGCACUAGGGGCAUAUGUGGAAAUGAGUAGCAAGCAUGGCUGGCUUUCUGUGUAUAGGGUACCCCAAUCCCAUAGGGUGGCUGGCUUUCCGUGUAUAGGGUACCCCAAUCCCAUAGGGUGGCUGGCUUUCUGUGUUUAGGGUACCCCAAUCCCAUAGGGUGGCUGGCUUUCUGUGUUUAGGGUACCCCAAUCCCAUAGGGUGGCUGGCUUUCCGUGUGUAGGGUACCCCAAUCCCAUAGGGUGGCUGGCUUUCCGUGUAUAGGGUACCCCAAUCCCAUAGGGUGGCUGGCUUUCCGUGUAUAGGGUACCCCAAUCCCAUAGGUUGGCUGGCUUUCCGUGUAUAGGGUACCCCAAUCCCAUAGGGUGGCUGGCUUUCCGUGUAUAGGGUACCCCAAUCCCAUAGGGUGGCUGGCUUUCCGUGUAUAGGGUACCCCAAUCCCAUAGGGUGGCUGGCUUUCCGUGUAUAGGGUACCCCAAUCCCAUAGGGUGGCUGGCUUUCCGUGUAUAGGGUACCCCAAUCCCAUAGGGUGGCUGGCUUUCCGUGUAUAGGGUACCCCAAUCCCAUAGGGUGGCUGUACCAUUUCCGUGUUUAGGGUACCCCAAUCCCAUAGGGUGGCUGGCUUUCCGUGUGUAGGGUACCCCAAUCCCAUAGGGUGGCUGGCUUUCCGUAUAUAGGGUACCCCAAUCCCAUAGGGUGGCUGGCUUUCCAUGUAUAGGGUACCCCAAUCCCAUAGGGUGGCUGUACCAUUUCCAUGUUUAGGGUACCCCAAUCCCAUAGGGUGGCUGU